AUGUCCAAGUAUUAUUUCUACCUGAGCAGUCUGUCGCAGCUUCACUCGGCGGAGAUGCAGGAGCAGCUCCUGUCCUGUCUCAGCAGCGGUCCGUAUUCCAACUGGGAGCCAUGGGACAAGAAGGACUCCGGCCGCUGGUCCCUGAGCCUCGGAGACGACCUCAGCUCCGGCGUCUUCUCCUCCAACAGUCAGCCGGACGCGCCGGUGUUCAGCGUGGAUCUGCUGGGCCACACUCAAGUGCCGCCGCCCUGCUGCUUUGAAGGUGUGGACGUCUGCAUCCGAGACUUCAGCCGGAGGAGCAUUCGCAUCAGAGAGGCCCGGCGGGUGAAGGUGGGCCACAUCGCCACAGGAAUCAGCGAUCAGAUCUCGGAGAGGGUGUUCACACUGCAGACCCCGCACGGCCGGCACGUGGCGCACGACGACGAGGUGCAGGACUCCGGUCUGGAGCCAGACCCGUUGCCAGACAUUCCCUUGCAGUGA